AUGUGUGUAGGUGAAACGAAUGGCGUUGAUGGGACCAAUGGAAUCAAUGGCCAUUUCAACUCUUACAAGCUUGGAGAUUUCUCAAUAGACGAAUACCGGCCUAUCCGCGUCGUCUGCAUCGGCGCAGGUGUGAGUGGCAUCGUAGCCGGGAUCAGGUUUCCGCAGAGGGUUCCGAACCUGGACUUCACGAUCUACGACAAGAACGCUGGCAUCGGUGGGACUUGGUACUCCAACAAAUAUCCGGGUCUAUCCUGUGAUAUCCCAUGUCAUACGUACCAAUACGUAUUCGAGGAGAAUACGGAAUGGUCAGCAUUCUACGCACCAGGCGACGAGAUCCGUCAAUACCUCGAACGCGUCGCAACAAAGUACAAAGUCAACAAGUACAUCAAACUGCAGCACGAGCUUGUCGGCGCGUACUGGGAGGAGGACCAGGGGAAGUGGAGACUGCGCAUUCGCCGGCCAUCACCCGAUAGCACACCAGAGAACCCGCAGUAUGAGGUGUUCGAGGAUAAGGCAGACGUGCUGUUCACGGGCAUCGGGUUGCUCGCACGGUGGAAUUGGCCGGAUAUUGAGGGGCUGAAGACUUUUAAGGGGCGGAUGCUGCAUAGCGCGCAGUGGGAUGUGAGCGAUGGGCAUUGGGAGGAGGGCGUCAAGGACUGGGGGGAGAAGAGGGUUGGGGUCAUCGGAGUCGGGAGCUCCGCGCUGCAGAUAGUGCCGGCGCUGCAACCCCGGGUGAAGCACGUGGUUAAUUUUGUCCGAGGGAAGACGUGGCUGGCUAGACCGUUCUUGGAGGAGAAGACCGGGGAGCUGCUGGGGAGGGACACGAGGGAUAAUCACAAGUUCACCGAAGAAGAUAAGCAGCGCUUCAGGAACCCUGCGUUCUACAGGAAAUUCAGGCACAUGCUGGAGCAAGAGCUAAAUAGUAUCCACGCUUCGACUCUCAAAGGCACCAAACAGCAACAAGAGGCGCGAGAGGCAUUCCAGCAGAAUAUGCGGGAGCGGCUUGCAAAGAAGCCGUGGAUCGCUGACCACCUCAUUCCCGAUUUCGGAGUGGCAUGCAGGAGACUGACGCCCGGCCCCGGAUACCUCGAGGCGCUGUGCCAGGACAACGUCACGUUUGAGACAACACAUAUCAAGCGCAUAACGGAGACGGGGAUCGAGCUCGUUGACGGGAGGCACUACGAUCUCGACGUUAUCGUCUGCGCAACAGGUUACGACACCUCCUUCCAAUAUCCCUUCCCCUUCGUGGGGCAGAACGGCGUCACCCUGCAGGAGAAGUAUAAGCCCCACCCACGGACUUACCUCGCACUCACCGUCGACGGGUUCCCGAACUGGUUCCAGUCGUUCGGCGCGAACUCGGGGUUCGGCUCGGGUAGUCUUUCGGCGAUACUCGAGGCGCAGGUGGUCUAUGCGGUGCAGGCGACGCUGAAGCUCCAGCGGGAGCGCUAUAAGAGCCUAGUGGUGAAGAAGGAGGCGGUGGACAACUUCGACGAGUAUUUGGAGGCUUAUUUUCCUGGAACUAUCUACAGCGAGAAGUGCCGAUCUUGGUACAAGGCGGGUAAAGAAGAAGGCCGCGUAGUCGGUCUAUACCCCGGUUCGUGCCUGCACUACUUACGAGCCAUCACGCACCCGCGGUGGGAGGACUACGAGUACCAGCCGCUUGAUCCCGUUAGGAAUAGGUUUUAUUGGCUUGGAGACGGCCAGACGUAUAAUGAGAAGACACUGACGGGUGACAUAUAUAUUCGGACGUCCGGAGCACCCGAGGUCUUCUGCUCAUUCCCUCAACUAAUUGCCAGUAUGAGUAGCAUUCCGUGGAGGAAGUUUGAGACGCAUGCACCACUGAGUCCGAGACCUGAGGCCUGA